GCCGGGGCUCUAUAUAUGUGUUCCGGCUCUGUGUGCCGGCCAGGACUGCUCUGUGUCUGCUCUGUGUGCCGGCCGGGGCUGCUCUCUCUCUGUGUGUGUUAUAAUAUACUGUGGGGCUGCUUGCUGCGGCUGCCUGUUUAGAUGCGGCUGAGAUCUCCUGGAAUUUCCUGCUCUCAUGUUACUGCCACAAUUCUCCAUACUUCUCCCCGGCAGCCAGGCUUUGUGCAGCAUUGUUAUAGGAGGAUCCAGCAGUGGUUCUCCUGCACACAGUGGGGUUUAUGUAAACUCUUUCUGGGAGAUGUUUUAUGAGUGAGGAAACCUUAACCAAAGUCUAGAGCCUUGAGAGCGGUUAAUCAUGAGCAUCCUUCCCCCAGUGCGACGAGACCGGAUUGUGGCAGAACUGCCCAAGUGUUUCAAAAAAGAAGUGUGUCUUCAAACCAGAGAUUCCUUUAAUCCCAAAGUCAUCAGUGCAUGCAAGCAGCAGAGAACAGGGACUGUGGGCAGAUUUAAGAUCUCCAAGGUUAUUGUGGUCGGUGACCUGUCAGUGGGAAAGACAUGCUUAAUAAAUAGGUUUUGUAAAGACGUCUUUGACAAAAACUACAAAGCAACAAUUGGGGUGGACUUUGAGAUGGAGAGGUUUGAGAUCCUGGGAGUUCCUUUCAGUUUACAGCUAUGGGACACAGCUGGACAAGAGAGGUUCAAAUGCAUCGCUUCCACGUACUACAGAGGUGCUCAAGCAAUAGUUAUUGCCUUUGAUCUGACAGAUAUCUCAUCUUUAGAACACACAAAGCAGUGGCUUCAGGAUGCACUAAAGGAAAAUGACCCCUCAUCUGUGCUGCUUUUUCUGGUUGGAUUAAAGAAAGAUCUCACUUCACCUUCUCAGUAUGCACUAAUGGAACAGGAUGCAAUUAAGGUGGCUAAGGAGAUGCAGGCAGAAUACUGGUCUGUGUCCUCAUUAGCAGGUGAAAAUGUAAAAGAAUUCUUUUUCCGAGUGGCAUCCUUGACAUUUGAAGCCAGCGUGCUAGCUGAGCUGGAGAAAACGAAUGCCAGAAAAAUCGGUGAUGUAGUGAGGAUAAACAGCAAUGACAGCAACUUGUAUCAAAACACAAAGAAGAACAAAUCGAAGUGUUGCCAGUGAAUCGGGAUGGACACAGCUAACAUUUGCACUGAAUAGCGAGACACCAAAACAUUGCACAGACUUAGUAGAAGGAGAGGGCUAUAAAUUCAUAUGCCCCUAUUGCCCUGCUCUGUUCUAGGAGGUUUUCCAGGGCUCCUAUUAUUACAUUGUCAGUUUUCACAGGCACAUUGUAGUCCACGCUGCCAGUGGCCUGUAGUACAUUGCAGAGCAAAGUGCUGCAAUCCAUUUUCUUAGACUGUUUACGUAGAAGAUAAAUUAAUAAUACGUUGAUAUUUUUAAUAUAUCUUAGUUCUUUGUUUAUUAUUGAGAGCUAAGGGUGUGUUAGGGGACAAUUCCCUUUCAGUAAAAUAAUUACUCACACCCCCUUCCUCUAAUAGUCUUUUCACCUCUGCGCCCAAGAGAUCUCUGGUAAAACUGGGCAGUGGAGAGAGGGACAUGCUGCCCAUUCAUCUAUACAUUUAAAAUUGCCAGUGUGGAAACGAAUAACUUUGGAAAAUAAGAUUUUACUCACCGGUAAAUCUAUUUCUCGUAGUCCGUAGUGGAUGCUGGGGACUCCGUAAGGACCA